AAAUAUAACAUUCAUUUUUAAAUCAGGAAAAUAUACAGCAAUCCAAACAAACUGAAAAUACAAGAACCUUACAGGACAAUCCGAAGAGUUAAAAUUGCACAGACCAAAACAAACUAGAAAGGAACAAUAUAUUUGUAUGCACAAUCAGUAAAAAGCUUCUUUAAAAAGAUAAGUCUUAAGGACAGAUUAAAAAAAUAUCGAGGCUGCCAGCGCUCCUAAUAUGAAGGGGGAGUUUGUUCCAGAGGUGGGGAGCACUAUAUUCAAAGGCCCUGACUCGGAAAAGUACUGACACAAAUCGGUGUAUGGGUACCCCAAUUAACAUUUUCUACUCGAGUUGUCCACUUGUAUUGCAUGGCGGACACAAUUGCAUUUGACACCGGAUGACUUUAUAACUAUCCAUUGUUCGCCUUAAUUGUAACUAGCUAUCUAAUGACAAUUAUGGCGUCACUAGUAAAUAUUAAUGUCCACAUCAAGCUUCAACACAAACAAACGUCAGUUUUGUGGUUAAGUACCCAGUGGUUUGGUUUGGGAUUUCUACGGGUUUUCUGCUGCUAUAAAAUAGUUAUAGCGCCCUCUUGGGGUUGUGUGGAUUUUCAGGGACUUUCUGAUAAAACUAUUACGUACAUAAAACAUUUAAAGCUUCAAUUGAUUGGAUGUAGGGAAAAUAUCCAAUCAAUUACCGCAAUAAGUAAUAAUAUGACAUAUAUAUUCUCAUUACAAGAGUAAGUUAAUGUGUUUACCCCGUAUUCCAAAAAUGCAAAUUGCUACAGCUUAAAUUCGAUCCCUGAGUUUUUGCCACGGCUGUCCGCGUAGCACAGAGCAAUCGAUGGACACAUGAUCGUAUGCGGGAAAAUGAUCGUCCGUGUCCAAGCAUAGAAAUAACUCUCUCCAAAUGGCAGAAUGGAGUUAUAAAUUAUGUAAUUGCUCCAGAAUCUCGCAUUGGAUACCCUCCAAACUGACCAGGAUGUAGUCUUGGACUGAUUAAAAUUCAGAGUUGAAGAGAACGAGUUUGAAAUGGCAGAAGGAGGCGACGGGAACCCCCAAAGUUUAAAGCCACCAGCCCUGGACAAGAUAGCAAUGUCAAGGAGGAAGAAGUCGACCUUGGACGCCCCUACGAGCUCGUCAGGUCAUCUGGCAUUCAGGGUGUUCCUCCACGAGAACAAUCUCUCCGAUGCGCUGAAGCAUUUCCCUGGGGAGUUCACUCUGGGGAACUUCCGGGCGGUGACGGAAGAUGACUUGGCGGAUGAUUAUGGCAUCAACGAUGAGGACCAGCGAGCGCAGCUCAUGAGGGCGGUCACCCGUGCCAGGGAGGAGUAUGACGAAAGAGAGGAGGCUGAGACCAGACUGCGGGUGAACAGCGUCGUUGUACGAAGACGACAAUCUGAGGUGAGAAUUUAA